CCAUUAGAAAAACACAAGAAAAGGACCAGAGAAAACUAGAGACUAGUACUGAGCGAGUACCGUCCGGCGGUGGUCUUCAUUUCCUGCGGCGGCGAUGGAUUUGGAGUUCAGGUCGUGCGUGGACGACGCGUGGUACCACGUCCGAAUAGAGACGGACGGUGACGGCGGGGAUCGACUGAGAGUCAAGUUCGUCGGCUUCUCCGACCAUCACGACGAGGUUUAUGACGCCGAGGAGUUGACGUCGUUUGGAGACGUGGAGGAGUUUAGGUCGAGGUUCAGGCGUAUGUCGAUUCAGGUUCAAGACUGGGAGUGCAGAAAGGUGGUGAAGGGGACGGUCGUGUGUGCCGCCAUUUCAAUUGGCCCCGACGACUGCCGCUUCUACGACGACGUUGUUGAUCGGGUGGUACAUAAGGAACAUCAGCUCGUAAAAGGAAAAGAAGAAUGCUCAUGCAACUUCAUUCUAUUUUGGAAACAUGGUCCAAAGGCUCGAUCAUUAACUGCUCAAACUGUUGAAAACAUUUGCAGAGUGCAACCUCCUGUGGACAAAUUAGAUCCGCUGCUGACCACUUUUCUUGACACAGCAACGGAAAAAAUAGAAACCAUUCUUUCCAGUAUUUUCAAAAUUCCUCAUGAAGCUUCUCAUCAUAGAGAACCAUGUACACCCAACUGCAGGGAAGAGCUGAGCUUUUCUAAACGACUAAACAAGGAUACAAGCCUUUCCAGGCGAUCUGUAAGUAAAGAAAUGAUUGACAAUCCUUUGGAAAAGGAUGAACAUGACAUGGACAUAGGAGGUGUUCCUUAUAUGUUACUGGUUGAGAACCUUGAGAAGGGGAUAUCACCAUUCACAAUUAUGGAAUUCAUACACCAGCAAGCUACAAUCUCAUGUCAAGCAUCUGUUUGGCCAAGUAAGUCAUCAGAGGCAUAUACAAGAGGAACCAUCAUAGUUGACAGCAAAAGAAAUCUGGAAAAGAUAUCUGACUUUUUAGAGAAUCCAGAUCACAUUAUCAUUUCCUCAAAAGGAAGGCCGUGGGUAAUGACUGAGAAAUCCACAUUACAUGAGACACCAAGGGCAUCGAUACAAAGCUUCAUGCUCAUGUCUCAGACAAUAUUACAUAAUAGAAGCCCUACAACGAAAAUUGCAUUGAAGGUUGUCAUUUCUGGAACUAAAGAGUAUGAGACAGCUAAGUUGCUGAAGGAUUUGUUUUUGGCAUUUGUAAAGCAUCAAAGUCGACUUCACAGGAGGUUACUUAUAGUAGAGGGAAAGAUCUCGCAUUUGAUGCUCUAGAGAGAUCAUGGGAUGGGGAACAUGGAAGGGAGGGUGGGUUAUGCCUACCUUUCUAUUUGGGGUUGCCGACAGUGGCGGUGGGGAUGCUGAGCUCCAAGGUGGUGCAAGGUUCCUAUUCUCACAAUAUCGAUCACUUGCUAAACAUACCCCAUACAUUUUCUACGAUUUCUAUGAAACUCUAUUGCAUACGUUGUUGGACCUAUGCAAGAGUUGGUUUCCUAACAAAUCCAGCCAUUUCAAACAUACUGCCUCCCAUUUUCUUGUGGUCUAAGUGUGGUGAAAAAUCCGUUUUUAGCUGGUGAAUGCUUGAGAGAGAGAGAGAGAGAGAGAGAGAGAGAGAGAGAGAGCAGCUUAGAUUUCGAGGCAAAGGAAGUACAAAACUCUGGUUUCACUCUCACCUACCUCCAAGCUAAUUAAACAGCUAGCAUUCGGAUCAAACUUGGUGAAAAUUGAAAGCAAAAGCAAGAACACCUCUACACUCAAAGUCUCGUAAAUACAUACCUACAUGUAUACUGUAUACAUGGUCCAUCGUUUGGCAAGCUGUUGGAUAAAAAGGACAAAUCAAAUUAUUAUUAU